UGAUGAGGCUAAAACUUGACAAGCACAACAUCGUCAAGUUCCAUGGAUGUUUUAGUGUAAGGCAUGGCGAGGCGCUCGUCUUUGAGAGUCUCGAAACGAACUUAUAUGACUAUUUAUAUUACAAUCAUGUGACGUUGGCUGACUCAAGGACUAUAAUCAAACAGAUAGCCACAGCGCUUAAAGCACUGAAGAACAUCGGGGUGAUCCACACUGACAUCAAACUACAAAACAUAAUGCUAGUGGACAAGAAACCACCCUUAAGAGCUAAACUUAUCGACUUUGGCUUGGCCAUGGAUAAUUCUACAGCCAGGCAGGGCAUGGAGCUGCAACCAGUUGGCUUCAGGGCUCCCGAGAUCAUCCUCGGCAUGCCAUUUUCUGAGGCCAUCGACAUGUGGUCAGUGGGCUGCGUGUUAUUCGGCAUGCUCAUCGGUAGAGACCUGUUUGAUUGUGAAGACUAUUACACACUGCAGUUUAUGAUUGAACUCCUGGGUCAGCCGCCAGACGAGCUUCUGGACAACGCAAUGUAUAAACAUACAUUUUUUAUUGAGACAAAGUCCAACAGCUGGAGGUUCCAGACGAUUGAGGAGUACGGGGUAGAGCUCCUUCCACAAGCCCCCGACAAACUAAGCUUUUCAUCUCUGGAUGAUCUCAAAACGAUUAAAAGAGUGAUCCCAGCCAAGGCUGCAGAAUACAAGCAGUGCAUCGAGCUAAUGAAGGCCAUGCUGACGAUGGAUCAGAACAAGAGGAUCACACCCAAUGAAGUCCUCCAGCACCCCUUCAUCACCCAGAAGAAGAGCAUCGUUUCAGUUCCAACAGACCAGCAUAGUCCACCUCCCACAGUUUUUCCAUCAGCUUUGAUCCAAGUCCGGCCUGCAAAACCUGAGAACAUGCUGCAGCUAGAGGAAGAAGAGACAUCAGUCAGUCUUAACAAUGAGGACACUGAGGACAACAAGGACACUCAGGACAACAAGGACACUGAGGACACUCAGGACAACAUGGACACUCAGGACACACAGGACACUCAGGACAACAAAGACAUUAAGGACACUGAGGACAACAAGGAAAACGAGGACACUGAGGAAGCCAACGAGGAGGACAACAAGACACCAUCAACCUCAGAUGGCAACGACAGCAAGCAGAAGAAGAAGAAGAACUGCUACCAGCGUGUUAAAUCCUGGUUCAAGAAGACGUUCUUCUGUAACCGAGUCGAUGUCAUGUAGGAUGAACGAGACCACAAACAUAAGGACAGGUUUUUAUACUACUCUUCUUUUUCAAUAUUCCACUUGGCUACGGGCUUUGGGUUGUGUUUAUGUUGGCUGCCAUGUUUGUGAGCUGUAAUCGUACUGAACAUCAGGUGUACGCCGCUGACCUAUCUGCUCACUCUCAUUGGCUAUUUUCAGAAAUUCCGCCGGCCAAUGUUUGAUAUUUUUGAUUCCAGUUCGGGGAGGAUCUGAGUAGAUGGAGAGCAGUUAAAUAAUCAUUUUGACACCACACACUUAAAUUAUUUUAAAUUAUUACAAAAAAUUAUCAGUUGCCACAAGUGUCAAAUCAGGCCACGCCCCCUUCAAUCCUUUACGGGGCAGGGUUUAAAAUCGUCUAGUGUGUAGCCAGCCUAAAACACUUCCCAGAGCUGUACAGGGCAGCACGGCGGCUCGGUGGUUAGCACCGCGGCCUCACAGCAGACACAUCCUCCUGUCUGUGUGGAGUUUGCAUGUCCUCCCCGUGACUGCGUGGGUUUUCACCGGGGGUCUCCGGUUUCCUCCCACAUCCCCAAAAACAUGCAGCUUCAAGGUCAAUUGGACACUUUAAAUUGUCACUUUAUCUGGUCAAAUCAAAUCAAUAAGUGAAUGUUUUAAAUUGAUCAAACUGUCUCAUGACUUUUUAAUAACAAAGCUUUGAAAGAAAUUACACGACAUCAGUCAUAUUUUAACCGACAGCCUCUGCAAGCAGGAAAGAGAGAGAGAGAGAGAGAAAGAGAGCGGCUGUGGAUCAAUCAAGUUCACAAGUCUGUGAAUACAAAAAGAAUAAUGAGAAAUGAAAAAUAAAUUAAUGAAUUAUAACAUUCUGCA